AUGGUUGUUGUAGAGCGCGAAAUCUCGGGCUGGCAGCUCGCCCCCGGGUCCAAGACCUCCUCUCCUGUCACAUCCUUCUCCCUCACCACAUCUUCUUCCUCCCCCUUCCCGGACUUUGUCUACACGGUCUCCUUCCCUCUUGCCAACGCGGCCCGUGUCAUCCUCACUGGACCGGAUCGCCCGGCUCCUCCACACGACAACGUUGUGCUCCCCGAUGCCCCACUGUCGUUCACCGUCACCAAGCUCGAGGAGCACACGUGCGUCAUUCCCUUCCCUGCUCUCCCAGCGGACGCUCGCGACUUUGACGGCUCGCACAAGCACCGCGAGGUGCGCAUCAACUGGGCGGACAGUGUGCUCCUUGAAAUCUGGGAGGAGGACGGCAAGGGCGGCAUGGUUCGUGUGUGUGGCGACCUCCCCAGCCGAUCAUACGCUCUCACAGAGCACGGUGUCAUGCGCCACUGGUGGAUGGAGCGCGACAACGUCCACCUGGGCAUGGGCGAGAAGGCCGGUCCUCUGGACCUCACUGGCCGCAGCUUCCAGAUCCACGGCUCCGACUCGGCUUGCUACGACGCGUACGAGGGUGACCCGCUGUACAAGCACACUCCCUUCCUGGUGUCUUCCCCGCGCGCUGUGGCUGGCGAGACAUCCAGGUCCACCUACGCCAUCUAUCACACCUCCAACUCGAACGCCCUCUGGGAUCUCGGCCGCCACCACGACGACCCCUGGGGCUACUUCAAGACCUUUACCCAGGACUGGGGAGGCCUCGAGGAGUGGUACCUGCUCGGCAAGGGUGUGCAGCAGGUGACUCGCACGUGGGCCGAGAUUGUGGGCAAGCCCAUGCUCGUCGGUCGCGACUGGCUCGGUUACUUGGCGUCCGGUAUGGGUCUGGGUGAAAGUGAUGAACCUCCUGCCCAGGAAUUGCUGUCGCAGUGGCCUGAAAUGUGCAAGAAGUACGAUAUCCCAUGCUCAGCCAUUCACUUCUCUUCAGGCUACACUGUCGGUCCGGACGGCAACCGCUACGUGUUCACCAUGAACAAGGAGAGGUACCCCGACUUCAAGGGCCUCGUUGGCGGUCUGCACAAGGCGGGCAUCAAGGUCGUCCCGAACAUUAAGCCUUACAUGCUCGACAGCCACCCUUCGUUUGACGGACUGUACAAGUCUGAUGCGCUGUUCUACAGCGACAUUGUCAAGGCCCCCGUCGUCACUCGCAUCUGGUCGUCGGGUGUUGGCGUCAACGGCAAGGGCAGCUGGGUCGACAUGACCAGCAAGGAAGGCCGCCAGUGGUGGGCCGAUGGCGUCAAGAGCCUGAUCGAGCUUGGUGUCGAUGGCAUGUGGAACGACAACAACGAGUACUACCUCCACGACGACGAGUUCCUCGCCCAGAACGACUUCCCCAAGAAGAUGCGCUCCGCAGCACCCAAGGGCAAGGCCACUGUUGGCCUCCUUGGCCGCAUGGUCAACACCGAGAUGAUGGCCAAGACCUCGCACGACACGCUGGUUGCGCUCCAGCCCGAGCGCCGUCCCUACGUCCUUACUCGCUCCGGCAACGUUGGUACCUUCAAGUACGCGUGCGGAACCUGGACCGGCGACAACGAGACGUCGUGGAAGAACCUGCGCGGCUCCCAACCCAUCCAGCUCAACUGCGGUAUCUCCCUUAUGCAGUCGACCGGCUCAGACGUCGGCGGCUUUGGCGGUCCCCUCCCCUCACCCGAGCUGUUUGUCCGCUGGGUCCAGCUGGGUGUCACCCACGCCCGUUUCUGUAUCCACGCCUUCAAGCCCACUCCCGACGACCCAAGCGGUGUGAGCUGCACAAACUUGCCGUGGAUGUACCCCGAGGUUCUCCCUGUCAUUCGCUCUGCUAUCAAGUGGCGCUACGAGUACCUCCCGUACUUCAACUCGUUGAUGUGGGGCUCGCACGAGGACUGCGAGCCCACCAACGCGUGGAUUGGCUGGGGCGACUUUGCGAGCGACCCCGAGGUGUACGCUCCCGAGGUCCUCAACGGCUUCGACGCGUGGAUCGGUGCCGGCCAGCUCCUUUCCGUUCCGGCCCUGUUCGAAGGCGAGCUCACCCGCCAAGUCUACUUCCCCAAGUCUUCCGCGACCGACGACAGCGUCUACUUUGACCUCCACUCGCCCCACGGCGUGUACGCUGCCGGCAGCAAGGCCGAGGUCGCCACGCCACUCGAGCACAUGGGUCUCUUUGCGCGCGAGGGUGCCGUCCUCCCCAUCGGCAAGGACUACCACACCGUCACGCAGCGCGAGGGCCCCGCUCGCACCACCCCGGACGGCGUGGACAUCCAGCUCGAGGAGGAAGGCGGCAACGUCGGCCUGGACGACUUCCGCGGUGUCCAGAUCUUCCCUGCGCCCGCGGGCAAGUCGUCAAAGAAGAGCUACACCGGCCGCUGGGUCGAGGACGACGGCAUCUCCGCCAAGCCCGCCCGCGCCACUGUCGAGCUGACAUACACCUCCACCGCCGAGGAGGUCACUGUCAAGGCCAAGUUUGUGGAGCACGACUUUAAGCCCCUGUGGGGCUCGACCGUGCACGUCUUCCUCCCCCUCGCCGACCGCAGGAAGGUCGCUGGUGCCGUGGAGGUGUACGUCGAGCACAAGGGCAGGCAUGCGUUUGUGGUCACGGUGGAGUAG